CUACCGUAUCCACCGUGUCUACCGUGUCUAGUGUGUCUACUGCAUCUGCUGUGUUUGUAAGCACGCUCUGGCGAGAAAGUCGUUCCUCGAGCGCCUGGGAUGGCGGCCUUGCGGUGUGGAUCCCUGGUGCAGCCGGCGCUACCGACCCCUCCGAACUUUUUUUGACCUCUGCGACGGUGACGUGGGGUGCCCUUUCUGCACACACACAACGCUCUCACGCGCACCGCAAUCACAACAGCCGACCAUGGCCAAGCGACCCGCCGACUCGCAUUCCGAGGUCGAGGCCAUCAAGAAUGGCGACCGUCCCAUGCAGGCCGACCCGACAGACGAGGGACUCGACUUUGAGGACGAAUUCGAGGACGAGUUUGAGAGCGACGACGAGAUCCUCGAGGCCGGCGUCGACGGGCGACCCGACGAGGAGCGCGAGGCCGAGGAGAAGCAGCACGCCAUGGACGUCGACCAGGACACAUUCAUCCCCGGCCGGCACAAGCUCUCGGCCGGCGAGACGCUCGCGCCCGACCUGUCCACAUACGAGAUGCUGCACGCGCUCGAGGCGCCGUGGCCGUGUCUCUCCUGCGACAUUGUCCGCGACGGGCUGGGCUCCGGCCGCACGACAUACCCGGCCACCGUCUACGCGGUCGCCGGCACGCAGGCCGCGCAGGGGAGAGACAAGGAGAACCAGAUGAUGGUGAUGAAGAUGAGCAGUCUGUCGCGCAUGGACAAGGACGACGACGACGACGACGACGACGACGACGAAGACGAAGACGCCGACGCAUCAGACCCCAUCCUCGAGACCAAGUCGAUCCCGCUGCAGAGCUGCACCAACCGCAUCCGCGCGCACCAGUCGCCGCAGGCGACGUCGGCGCGGCCGCCGACGACCCUCACUGCGGCGAUGAUGGAGAACGGACAGGUGGUGAUCCACGACGUGACGCCGCACCUCGCCUCGUUCGACACCCCCGGCACGACCAUCACCGCCGCACAGAACAAGCCGGUCUGCACGAUCCGCGCGCACAAGGCCAACGAAGGCUACGCGCUCGACUGGUCGCCGCUGGUGCCCGAGGGCAAGCUGGUCACGGGCGACGUCGCCGGCAACAUCUUCGCCACGACACGCACACAGGGCGGCGGCUUCGUCACCGACACGACCCCCUUUACUGGCCACAGGGGCACGGUCGAGGAGCUGCAGUGGUCGCCGACCGAGAAGCACGUCUUCGCGUCGGCGUCCAACGACGGCUGCGUCAAGAUCUGGGACGCGCGCUCCAAGUCGCGCAACGCCGCCGUCUCGGUCCAAGUCAGCAACACCGACGUCAACGUGCUCUCGUGGUCGCACCAGACGGCGCACCUGCUCGCCACGGGCGCCGACGACGGCGAGUGGGCCGUCUGGGACCUGCGCCAGUGGAAGCCCUCGACCUCCCUAGACGCGUCGGCCAAGCCCACACCCGUCGCGAACUUUACCUUCCACCGCGAGCAGAUUACGAGCGUCGAAUGGCACCCCACAGACGACAGCAUCGUCGCCGUGUGCGCUGGCGAUAACACCCUGACGCUGUGGGAUCUCGCCGUCGAGCUCGACGACGAGGAGAGCAGGGACACGGCUGGCGUCCAGGACGUCCCGCCCCAGCUGCUGUUUGUGCACUACAUGGAUCAGAUCAAGGAGGCACACUGGCACCCGCAGAUCCCGGGCAUGCUCAUGGCCACGGGCGGGUCGGGGUUCGGCGUUUUCAAGACAAUCAGCGUCUAGUUCAAGCACGACGGCGUUUUCAAGACACGGCGCGACAAUACGAAACAUGCAUCUCACCCAGCUCUCAACGCGUGAUCACGUUAC